AUGAGCAACCACUCAAGCACAGCAGUAUUCCCAACACCCAAGCCUCUACCCGUUCAUCAACCCUCAAUUGAACAUGAAGCUUCGCUAUUCAAAGGCCGCUGUGAACACCUCGAGCAUUUCUUCGCUUUACCACGCUUUAAGGGUAUUAAGCGUCCUUAUUCUGCUGUGGACGUUGUGUCUAAGCAGGGGUCGUUGCCUGUUCUUCCGCUGCCUUCGACGCUCACUGCUGACAAGCUUCAUGCACGGUUGAGCAAGGCUGCUACGGAGGGGAAGCCGGUUCAUACGAUGGGUGCUAUAGAUCCUGUGCAGAUGACGCAGAUGGCGAUGAAUCAGGAGGUUGUAUAUAUUAGUGGGUGGGCGUGUAGUAGUGUUCUUACUACUGCUAAUAAUGAGGUUGGACCUGAUUUCGGCGACUACCCGUAUACGACUGUACCAAAUCAAGUGCACCGUAUCUUCCGGGCUCAACAGCUACAUGACAGGAAACAAUAUGAUGAACGAAUGUCCGUCUCCUCUGAACACCGGGAGAGGAUGCCGUAUAUCGAUUACUUGCGACCCAUUAUCGCAGAUGCUGAUACAGGACACGGAGGUCUAUCUGCUGUUAUGAAGCUCGUCAAGCUCUUUGCGGAAUCUGGUGCGGCUGGGAUACACAUGGAGGACCAGCUUCACGGAGGCAAGAAGUGCGGUCAUCUUGGUGGCAAAGUCCUCGUUCCAGCGUCGACACACGUCUCUCGCCUCAUUGCUUCAAGAUUCCAACUCGACAUGCUUCAUUCAACCAUGCUCUUAAUUGCCCGUUCCGACGCCGAAUCAGCCAGACUUAUCUCAUCAAAUGUGGACAUCAAUGACCAUGAAUUUAUCCUUGGGACAACGACUCAAGGAUCUCCUCUGGCGGAUGAGGUAGCUGAAGCAGAAAUGCGUGGUGCAACUGCUGCUGAGGUUGAGUCCAUUGAGAGGAAGUGGGUGGCGGAGCACGAGCUGUGCACUUUUGAUCAAGCGGUUGAGAAGGCCAUCAAAACCAACGAACGCAUAACUGAUAAGGAUGCAGCAAUCAAGGGAUAUCUUCAGGCAGCUUCUGGAAAGUCUAAUACGCACGCAAGAGAGAUUGCCAAAGAGAUCACUGGCGAGCAGAUAUUUUGGGAUUGGGAUUUGCCUCGCACACGUGAGGGAUACUAUCACUACGCUGGCGGCGAGGAGGCGGCAAUCAAACGAGCCAAGAUAUACGCACCAUAUGCCGACCUCCUGUGGGUAGAGACUUCAAGUCCCAAUCUCUCUACUGCGCGUCAUAUCUCGGGCUCCGUCAGAGAAGCAUUCCCCGGAAAGUGGUUCGUAUACAAUCUUAGUCCAUCAUUCAACUGGGCGAAGUUCGGGUUCACAGAUGACGACCUGAAGAACUUCGUGUGGGAUCUUGCGAAAGAAGGAUUCGUAUUCCAGUUGAUCUCUCUUGCUGGUUUACAUUGUGAUGCCGUUUCUUGGGCUGAGCUAUCGCGGCGCUUCAAAGAAGACGGGAUGCUCGCUUAUGUCCAACUCGUGCAGCAGAAGGAACGUGAGCUUGGUGUGGAUGUACUCACUCACCAGAAAUGGAGCGGAGCGAACUACGUUGAUAGAAUCCUGCAGAGCGUGAGCUCGUCGUCCACCACGAGCUCGGUCGGCUCUGGGUCUACCGAACAUGACUUUUGA